GUGAGCAAGCUGUUCAGUCACAUCCAGUCUUUUGUGGAGGAUAGAAGUUCGUUGGUGUUCGUACUUAUUGACGAAGUUGAGAGCCUAGCUGCGGCACGUCAGGCUGCUCUAAAUGGCUCAGAUCCUUCGGAUGCUAUAAGGGUCGUGAAUGCAUUGUUGACUCAGCUUGAUAAACUGAAGCAGCAUCCCAACGUCAUGGUUCUAACGACUUCGAAUUUGACACAUGCCAUUGAUCUGGCGUUCAUUGACCGAGCUGACAUCAAAGCCUUUAUUGGACCACCGUCACUGCAAGGGCGUUAUAAUAUGCUGCAUUCGAGCUUCUGCGAGCUUCAACGAGUUGGGAUUGUUGAAGAGGUGGAGGGCAACACUGUCUAUCCGUCCACUUACAACGAAUUGAUGCUGAGCGAUUGUGAAGACAUGGGGAGUAGUAAGGGUGUCCACUUAGGGAAGAAGCUUCUCGAGGUCGCCAAGGCGUGUGAG